AUGAAUCGCUGGGCAGGGCUGUUCCGCUGGCAUCGAAUGCAGAAGGAGAAUGACGGAGAGGAGAAGAAAGCUGAAGGAAACAGUGUGAAACAGACGGCAGAGGUCAAACACAAACUGAACUUGAAAGAUUGGAUGAUUGAUCCCUCAAGCGAAUUUUACUACACAUGGCUUCAGGUCAUGGUCUUUCCCAUCCUCUACAACUGGGUCAUCAUCAUCUGCAGGACGUGCUUCACUGCUAUUGAGGAGGACUACCUGGCAGUAUGGCUCACCAUUGACUAUGUAUCAGAUCUUUUCUAUGUGGCAGAUAUUAUAAUCAAGUUCCGUACAGGUUACCUAGAGCAGGGCAUCCUGGUGCAGGAUCCGACCCGCCUGCAGAAGCAUUACCUGAAGUCCUCUCAGUUCCGCUGGGACCUGGUGUCCCUCCUGCCGACUGACCUGCUGUACCUGCGGCUGGGCAUCCACUGCCCGCUGGUGCGCGUGAACCGCUUCCUGCGGACGCCGCGUCUGUCCGAGGCCUUCGACCGCAUGGAGACGCGCACCUCCUACCCCAACACCUUCCGCAUCUCCAAGCUCAUGCUGUACAUCUUCGUCCUGAUCCACUGGAACGCCUGCCUCUACUUUGCCCUCUCAGGCUACAUCGGCUUCGGGGCGGACCGGUGGGUGUACCCCAACAUCUCCGACCCGGUGUUUGCCGCCGUGCGCCGCCAGUACUUCUACUGCUUCUGGUUCUCGGCGCAGAUCUUCACCACGGUCGGCGACACGCCCCUGCCCAACCAGGAGGAGGAGUACCUCUUCAUGAUCGCCGACCUGCUGAUCGCCGUGCUGGUCUUCGCCUCCAUCGUGGGCAACGUGGGCAACGUGAUCACCAACCUGCGCGACCGCGACAACGUCUUCUUCCCCAACCACGAGCUGGUCAAGGCCUACCUGCGGACGCACCGCAUCAGCAAGGAGCUGCGCGGCCGCGUCAACGGCUGGUACCAGCACCUGCACAUCAACAAGAAGAUCACCCGCGAGAACGAGAUCCUACUGCAGCUGCCCGACCAGCUGCGGACCGAGAUCGCCGUCAGCGUGCACCUGCCCACCCUCUCCAAGGUCACCAUCUUCCAGAACUGCGAGACCAGCCUGCUGGAGGAGCUGGUGCUGAAGCUCACCCCGCAGGUGUAUAGUCCUGGGGAGUAUGUGUGCAGGAAGGGAGAUGUGGGACACGAGAUGUACAUCAUUAAAGAAGGGAAGCUGGCAGUGGUGGCGGACGACGGAGUCACGCAGUUCGCUGUGCUGGGGGAGGGGAACUUCUUUGGUGAAAUCAGCAUCCUCAACAUCAAAGGGAACAAAUCAGGCAACCGUCGGACAGCUAACAUCCGCAGCAUCGGCCACUCUGACCUCUUCAGCCUGUCGAAGGAGGACCUGACGGACGUGCUGUCGGAGUUCCCGGCGGCCAAGCGGCUGCUGGAGGAGAAGGGCCGGCAGAUUCUUACCAAGAUGGGCAUGCUGGAGGACACCGCGGCAGGGGACGGGGCCGCCGAGGAGGAGAAGGUGGAGACCCGGGUGGAGCGCAUGGAGAGCGGCCUGGACGUCCUGCAGACCAAGCUGGCCCGGCUGAUGGCCGAGCUGGAGUCCAGCGCGUGCAAGAUGCAGGCCCGCGUCGACCUCCUGGAGCGGGAGCUGGCGGCGUGGGACUGGGAUGGAGUGCCAGACCAGUAA